CUUGCCUGGGAGCAGUUAGUAGCAAACCGGAGGCUGUAUAACAUUUCUGGUGGAAUAAUUUCAUUUGAACCAUUUUUGAGCGAUCGUGUGAGCAAACAUGGCUAAAUUUUUGAUGACUUCCCUGUUGGUGUUGGCCAGCCUUUUCAUGAUGGUUAGCGGGCAAGGUUAUAGUCGUGGCUUUGGAGGCAAUGGAUACUACACUCACUACUACCCAGGAGGUUCCCAGGUUACCUACCGAGAAACUGUUUAUCAGGGCGGUCGCUACCAAGGUGGAUACGGCGGAGGAUACGGUGGAUACGGCGCACAGAACGUGUAUAGAGCAGGAAGUUAUGGCCAUGGGUUCGGACACGAUAACGUUCAAAGUCAAGGCAAUGGAUAUGGUUAUAGCUACGGGUACGACACUACGGAUGAUGAAUAUUAGAUUCGCUUUGUUCUUCUUCCUUGGUGCUACAACCUCAAGAAAUCUCGGCCUGCCAUUUUUGGCUCUUCGUGACUCGAUUUUACCCCUUUAGCUGGAUAAAGGAUCCAGGGUUCAAAUCCAAUUCAUAUCCCAUUCAGAGUCCUGCGUACAGGGAGGCCAUUCAGAUCCUGCCGUUUGAAGACUAGAGAGUCUCUCUCACACAAAACAUGCUACCAGCCUCACAAGCCCUGUACGUCAUAAUAGCUUCUGUUCCAUGGUCGUCACAGUUGGGUUCACAUUGUGGCUAAAUAUAACAAAACGAUGUAAAUCAAAAACUUACACCGGCAAGGCUUUGAUACGCUAGAGAUAAGAAGAAGAAAAAAAGGUGCGUGAGCACGAUCAUCUACAACAAAAAAACUCCAGCUAAACCUGUUUCAUUUCAUCGUUUUCCUUGAAGCGGGACCAUUAGUUAGAAUGCUUCUGCCCUGCCAGUGCGACACCCCUUGUUUAGUUAUCACGAAAAAUAAAACAUCGUUCUAAUGCGAUACAUA